AACUCGUUUCAUCGUUGAUCGAUAACCAUCGUCCUUCUGAAAGAAAGAAUUAUUCCAUACUACUAAAUGGCUCUGACGAAUUUUAUACUGACUGUGGCAGGAGUUACCGCCGUCGUGUUGCUGCUGAGGAGCGAUGUCAAACAGUCGGCCGCCAUCUUCCGCCGUAACGUCCGCCACAUCCGUAAUUGGAUCGAAGAAGAAUCGGCUUCCGCCGCUAAGGAAAUGGACAAGACAAAAGUAAAGGAAAUACCUGGAAAGGAUAUCCCCAAGGAGGACAAGCACUAAAUUCGCCCCAUACCUUAACGUCACUUGUAGCCCAGCCCCUAUACAUGGAAAUUCUAUUUAGUUCAUGGAUUUUUCUUUUAUCAAGUUAUAGCGUUUAAGGGCAAUAACUAUAUGUUGUAAAUAUUUUGAAUAAAUUUGCAAUUUCAAUUUCUUACUCCUUUUUGGAUGCGGCAACCUCGUUUUUGUCUGUAAAUCUUAAUCUUGAGAAAUGAGCAUCCUGUAUUUGUGCUGUUUUGGCAA